AUGGAUACCGGACAGAAUUCCAUGAACCGUCUGGUGAAGAAGAACUGGACGUCGGGAGGAGUGAGACGAGGUCAUAUUCCGAGCAACAUUGAGAUAAAGGGCCCCGAGGACGUGUCUUCAUCCGCGUGCGAUUCGGCGUCUGAUCCACAUCACGCGCGCAAAAUGCCACGGUUCGUUACACAAAGCAUAGGUGCCUUGGAAACCAAGUAUAAUCUCAUAAACCGUGAGGAGAGACAGAAGCUACGCGAAGCGUCUAGUGAGCCAGGUUCGGAAUAUUCCUCGGUGAUCUCGAGAUUGAAGGAGAAUUCAAAAAAGAACCGGUAUUCAGACGUGUUGCCCUACGACAGAAACAGAGUCAAAUUAGAUGUAUCACAAGGCCACAGCGAUUACAUCAAUGCCAGCCACGUUAAGGUUGAAACGGACCAAACUGAGGUGAAAUCCUAUAUAGCCUCUCAGGGACCACUUGCUUCUACAAUGGCCGCUUUCUGGCAAAUGUGCUAUAGUGAAACCAAGUCGGACACCAUUGUGAUAGUGAUGGUGACUCCGAUUAGCGAGGGUGGUUCUGAAAAGUGCUAUAAAUACUGGAACGACCAAGGAUCGCUAGAAAUACCUGCAAAUGGAGGUUUUCGUUCAUCGCUGCAAAUUAACCACGUUUCUUCGCAAAACGUGGAAAACCAUUUCAUUCUCACCGAACUAGAAGUGGUUCCGGAUGAUAGGACAAUGUCUCCCAAGAGAUGCUUUCAUCUAUACUACUACAAUUGGGCUGAUUUUUCGGCUCCUUCUUCGUUUGGACCGAUAGUCCUUCUUUCGAAUAUGGCAUCUGACCUAAGAAACAGGUCUGAUAGAACAGAUCCCAUUGUCACGCAUUGUUCUGCUGGAGUGGGUAGAACUGGGACGUUCAUCACAUUGGACUACUUGCUUACCAACGGCUCAGGGCUAUUGAGCAACUCAAUGCAACUGUUUCAAGACGAAGAAAGAAGCAAUCUCACGACUCCCAGUCAGGAUCAGGAUCCUGACCCCAUUUUUCAGAUCGUUAGACAAUUGCGUUCUCAACGUUUAAUGAUGGUUCAGAGAUUCGAGCAGUUCGUGUUUCUAUAUAAGAGCAGUUUGAGAUACUAUUUAGAUGUGGUCGUGGGCGACAAAGAAGUGUGCCCAUGA